UAGGCGGCCAUGCGCCUUUUGUUUCAUGCCCCAUUGUGCUCCCUAGCCGCAGCGGCUAAAAUGGGCCCUGAGGCGCACCUCCUAUUCAUAUACCUCCCUCCUCACGACCUUGUGGGCACCCUUCUUCAUCUUCGACUUCAUCCUCUUUCACAAUGCAGACGCAGCGCGCCAAAGCUUCUCGUUCUCCCCCCGCCAUUUCCAAGCCAAUACCCACCGACGAGUACCGCCCAGUGUCCCCACCCAUGACACCUCCGAGACAGCGAGGAGGCUCCAUAUCUAGCCCGCGCACCUGGCUGUCGCGUACCUCGACGAAUAGCUCCUCACACUCCAUUCCCUACGCCCCGUCAAAACCCGUCCGCAUCUCGGAGCCCAAGUUCCUUAACGGCUUCGACGUGUUCGCCACGCAGCGGAGUGGGUCGUUGGGCACUGGAGCAGUGAUUGUCAAGACACCCCAGGAGGCGUUGGCGGGUAGCAGGUGUUUCUCUCCAUUCCGCGCUGAGCUGGAACCGGACGAGGACGAAGGAUGUGAAGACGAGCAGCGCGAGGAUGCUAGCCCACCGUUGCCUCCGAUCCCCGCUGAGUCGCCCAUAGCCACUGAGCUUCCGCGGUCGCAUACCCCACCGCGGCCGACGCGUCCAGUGCCAGAGUGCCCGCCGGUGUCUCCCUCCGUCUCCGAGUCUUCCUCCACCUCCACGUACGCAGGAAGUUCAGAGUCACCCGUCACACUGACUGCCAGCCCUUUGCGGCCGUCCCUCAAGACGCGCUCUCCGCAGCCUUCGGAAUAUUUUCCACCUGUUCCCGCUCUUCCAGCGAACCUCAGCGGCUCCCCUCCCCAGCCUCCAGUCAUUGUCUCCCUCGAGACAAGUACAAUGACGCACCGCACAACGCUGAGCACGUUAAUGUCACGUCCAUCUUUCCUUUCAACAUUCCUCAAAGACCUUCUCCCCGCACGCCGGCGUGACUCUGACGCCACCUCGAUUUACUCCGAAGUCAGCGAGGCGGAUAGUUCAUUCAACUCCAUCUUCCACCAACAUCUCGCCUCGUCUGGCCUGCUCUCUCAGGCAACAACGGCGAUGCACGUGUUCUUGGACAGGCCGAGUGCUCCGUAUGCGCACGUCCUAGCAUACCUGCGUUCGCCUCCUUCCACGCCGGAGAACCCCGCCGUCCUUCCGCGGGCAGUACAGUUGACGGGCUCCCACCUGCGGGAUGAAGCGCGUUACCUCGACCUGGACGAGCUCGCCAGUAGUACCUCCUUGCGUAGUGUCACCACUCUGCGAGACAUCGCGGAAGACGAGGCGGGGAGGGCUGCAGAAAGCUCGCGCGACUCGGGCUUUGCAAGCCUGCGGGCGAAGAAGAGCUUCAAAGCAAGCUCGGACGAGUCGGGGACACCGACACCGACACCUGGAGCACAGCGUGGGCGCACUACCACGAGGAAGGAUGCUGUCGGGUCACAACGCCCCAAGCCGCAACCCGGAUGGAUCUGAUACACUUGUCAGACACCUGACGCAGAGCGAUUAUACCAUUCCCUACGACACCCUUACUCGUAUAUAUCUGCGGGUCCUGGAGACUGAUGCUAUUCCGUAUUACACUCACUUUCUGUAGCAUAUUUGACGAAGCUGAUGAGCGCCCCGUUGCUAGUAGUCGUUACUCUGGACAGUGCGGUUAUCUCGUCUUCCUUGUAUCAUUGUAGCUCCAUAUGUUUUGACGUACUCUUGUCCCACGUAAUACAUAGAUGACACGCACAACGAAGGGUGCCU